UAUUAUUACUAACUGGAUAAUUGGUAUUACACAGAAUCAGGAUACAAGCAAACAUUAUCCUAACAUUUAUUUAAAACGUUCUUCUGAACUGAUUCAUGCACUAACUGUUGAUGCUUCUGCUGCUACAUCAAGUGAAGGUAAUGCAUAUCUCUUUACAAGUGAUAUUGAAGUACAGUAUGGAGAUAUAUUAGUAAUCAAUGUAACCACUAAUAGUAAUCCAAUGUAUUAUCAACAAUACAAUGGACCAUUGAAUUAUGAGCUUGAUAGCAGUAAUGGAUUAAUACCAUUGGAACAUAAUGACUAUCCACUGAUAUCAGUUGUAGUAGGGCCAAGUCCAUCAAUACCAGGAACUCUUACUGCUACUACACAAUCACUAACAACAUACUGGUACUCCCACACUCCAGUUACUGCAAUAAGUACUAAUAUGGGCAUACCAUCCACUACCUUGUUGCAGUCUACAUCAUCAUCCUUGACCAGUUCCUCCACACAAACUCAAUCAAUAAACAAUACACUUCACAUCACAAACACACCUUCUCAAUCAUCAAAUACUCUCCCUCCAACUCUUUUAGUUACUAGUUCCACUGCAGUUACUACUAUAACAAUAACAACUACUACUGAUAUGAAUGUAUCAUCCACUACCUCAUUGCAGUCUACAUCAUCAUCAUCCUUGAUGACCAGUUCCCCCACACUAAUGACACCAACUUCAAUAAACAAUACAUGUACUGAGAAUAAUACACUGAUAAUAAUACUAUUAGCAGUACUUAGUACAGUAUUUAUAUUACUGGUAGUUACUAUACUAGUAAUAUUAAUAGUGAGUGUAUUAGUGUGUAGGAGAAUAUGGUAUAAAACAUCAAUUGGAAAUGAUUCUGUCAGUUCUACUGAAAGUAAAGCUGAUAUACAUCAACAAUCAGAUGCAAUAAAAAUGAAUGAAGGACAGAAUACAUUUACAGCAUCAACUAAUCCUGCCUAUAGAGUUACUGGUCAAAGUAAGAUGGACUAUAAAACAAUACAUACAUUAUCAUUAAUGACAUUUAUUAAUAGACUCUGGUAUCUCUGCUAAU